AACUUUCUCAACUAUUGCCUCGCCUUUCCUCCUCUCUCGCCAUGAAGCUCUCAGUCCUCCUCUUCCUCCUCUUCUCCUGUCUCCUUCUUUCCUUCUCUGUCUCCGAACCUUACACCGCUAUCUUUAGCUUUGGCGACUCGCUGGCCGACACCGGUAACCACCUCGUCAACGGGCCCAAUCCCCUCCUCUCCACCACCCAUCCCCCUUAUGGCAUGACCUUCUUCCGCCGCCCCACCGGCCGCUGCUCCGACGGACGCCUAGUGUUAGAUUUCAUCACCGAGGCCUUUGGGCUCCCAUUGCUUCCACCAUCUAAAGCUCACGACACCGACUUCCAUCAAGGAGCCAAUUUUGCCAUCACCGGAGGCACGGCCAUGAGCUUCGGCUACUUCCACGAGAGGGGCCUCGACAGCACUGUAUGGGUCAACGGUUCCCUGAGCGACCAGGUCGAUUGGUUCGAGGAUAUGAAGCCUUCUCUCUGCAGCUCACCGGAAGAAUGCAAGGACUACUUCAGCAGAUGUCUCUUUAUCGUCGGGGAGUUCGGAGGGAACGAUUACAACGCCUUCUUCUUCGCCGGCAGGGACAUCGAAGAAGUGAGAGCCAAUGUGCACAUAAUCGUCGGAGGCAUCGUGAGUGGUGUCGAGAGGUUGAUCAACAACGGGGCGGUGGAUCUGGUGGUGCCGGGGGUUUUCCCCAUAGGAUGCUUCCCGUUGUACUUGAAGCUGUAUGGGACCGGUCACAAGGAGGACUACGGCCACCGGAGCGGAUGCCUCAAGAAAUUUAAUAGUUUGGCAUGGUACCAUAAUGAAAAGCUCAUCAUGGAAUUGGAGAAGCUCCGGAAGAACUACCCACAGACGAGGAUUGUCUAUGCGGAUUACUAUGGCGCUGCAAUUCGAUUUAAUCUCGCUCCUAAAAAUUUUGGAUUUACCCACGGGGCUAUGAAAGCUUGUUGCGGGGAUCGUAGUAAGUAUAACGUCAAUAUGGAAGCCAGGUGCGGCACAUCGAAUGCAACCGUGUGCCAUGAUCCCGAAACAUAUGCAAGUUGGGAUGGAGUUCACUAUACCGAAGCUGCUCACCGUUUCAUUGCCAAAGGUUUACUGGAAGGCCCCUAUGCUCACCCACCACUUAUGAGCCUCCGCUCUCCCAAAUCUUCUGCACGCAUCUUAACAAAAAAAUAAAACAUGUUCUGUAUCAAUUAGUCAGCUGAAGCAAAAAUAUUUUUUGAAAAAAAUGCCUCUAGGAAAAGAGUAUCUGAUGUUCUUUGUUUUUUGUACUUAUUUUAUAAAUUUUGAAGCCAAGCACCUUGGCUCAAUUAUUUUUUUUUUCCCCCUUCCUUCACCAAGUACAAUUGUAUUCGCCAUAAUAAGACUGCAUAAGUGCCGUUGAUUUAUUUACUUGUA